GAAACCUUAGGCAAAUUAUAAACUAAAAAAAAUCAAGCUUUUUACAUUUAUAAUUUUUACAUAUGUACUUUGGUAACUAUUUUUUGUGUACCUUCGUUGCAAUUAAUUUGUUGCAAAACUGAAACUGCAUAUUAUGUCGGAGGCUUUCGGCGUCGGGGACGAGUUCGAAAUCCCAGCAGCAACGCUAAACAAAAGUCAGACGUCUCUCCGAAACUUUCUUAAAAUCGAGAUUGAAAAGUUGUUGAAGGUUGAGGAUUGCUAUGAGGUAGACACCAAGCCGCAAAGUCCAGAGCUUGCUGAGGAGGACUUCAGGGUUCCAGUGGAGGCGGAGAAUAUUCUAGUAGCUCUAGAGGAGGCGGAAUACACAAAGGAACUUGAAAAAUCAGAGGAAACCGAAGAUCCCAAUGACAUAAAGCUUACGCAAGAGCUCUGCUCAUUAGAAGAGGAGGAGCUCACUUCCGGUUCGUCAUUCACUUCCUGUUGCUCCUACAAAUACAUCAGACAAUCGAUCCUCAAAAGAGAGCUACCCGACGCAUCCACCGUGAGUUUGGAUAGUGGCGUUGAGAUUGCUCUAACGGAUCCUAAUAACAAUCAGCAACAGGAUAAGCUGGAAAAAGAGCCCUACUCUGGUGAAAAUCUCAAGGAAAAUUCCUCCUACGUUAAAGUCGUAAUGGAACAACGAUCCAUUAUCCUCACGCCCGAAGGCAGUGAUGGUGAUUACGAAAUAAGCUUAGAAGAAGUCCAACAACGUUUUUCGGCUUGGUUCAAUCGCAGCGAAAUAGAAUCAGCCUUUUCCAGUUUUAUGCAGGUGGAUGAAGAUCUGGAUGGAUAUAUAAGUCUGACAGAACUCAAGAGAUUCCUGGAGAUAUUGCAGAUGCCACAGACCCAUUUGGCAGUCAAAAAUGUAAUGACCCAUGUGGUGGGUAAUCACGAGGAGCGGAUGAACUUCUGCCAGGUUCUACUCGUCCACGGAACUUUGAUGCACCGCAUGGAGUUACGCAAGUGGACUCUGCAGGAUCGCGAUAAUCAGCGUUUGGCCACGAGUCAAGCCGUAGACGUAUCCCAGGUGGGCGUCAGUGGGGCAAAACUCUUUUUCGAGGCCAAGAUAGCCCUGCAAACGGAACCACUGCACCUGAAUUCGGCUCAACCGGUGGCCAGAAUUCCAGUCAACAAUUCCCAGGACUCCAAGUGCACCAACUGCAAAAGGGAACAAUUCAAGUCUGCCGCUGCUAUUUUCAAAAAGCUCGAAAGCGAACAGUGAAUGCUCACUCUCCAUUACAAGUGUGUUGUGUACAAAAUUCAAGUUAAAUUUCUAAAAAAAAUUGUACGUUUUAUCACAGUCUGACCUUGUGUCUACUCUAUAACUUUCCUUAAAUCAUUUGCCAAUAAAAUUUGAUCCAAGAUCGCGAA